UCGCUGAAACCCUAGCACACUUCGCAGGCUAAAAAAAGAACGACGCAAUGCCGGCGGGGCACGGUGUGAGAGCGCGCACGAGGGAUCUUUUCGCUCGGCCAUUCAGGAAGAAGGGUCCGACUCAUCUCUCCACCUACCUUCGAGUCUACAAGGUUGGAGAUUAUGUGGAUAUCAAGGUUAACGGCUCUAUUCACAAAGGAAUGCCUCACAAGUUUUACCAUGGCCGCACUGGUAGAGUCUGGAACGUAACUAAGCGUGCUGUCGGCGUCGAGAUGAACAAGCAGGUUGGUAAUAGGAUCAUAAAGAAGAGGAUUCAUGUUCGCAUCGAGCAUGUUCAGCCAUCGAGAUGCCACGAGGAUUUUCUUGUGAGGGUGAGAAAGAAUGACCAAUUGAAGGCCGAAGCAAAGUCGCGAGGGGAAAUUAUAAGCACCAAGAGGCAGCCAGAGGGACCUAAGCCUGGCUUCAUGGUUGAAGGGAUGUCUCUGGAAACUGUCACUCCCAUCCCAUACGAUGUCGUCAAUGACCUCAAGGGUGGUUACUGAUUCAUGGUGCCAAACAAAUCUAUUCAUUUGGGGCUUUUCUUUUAUUGUUUUUAAUAUUGUUGCACUGGAGACAAUUUUUUAAUCUUCUUUACCUGGCCUGGUAGAGGGGAGAUUUUGCAGCUAUUUAAUAACCAUUUUGUGGUAGAAUUUGAUAUUAUUAGAAUGUUUCAGAACUA